CUCCAUCUCAUUCCCCGCGCUCCAGCUGCUCGUCCCUGAAGCAGACACUUGGUGGCUCCAUGGACAAGAAGGUGGUGCUGAUCACAGGCUGCUCCUCGGGAAUCGGCCUCAGCCUGGCUGUCCGGUUGGCCUCCGACCCCGACAAGGCAUUCAAAGUGUACGCCACCAUGAGGAACCUGGCCAAGAAGGAGCGUUUGUUAGAGUGUGUGAAAAGCCUGCACAAGGACACCUUGGACAUACUCCAGAUGGACGUCACCGUCCGGCAGUCCAUCCUGGAUGCGAGGGACAGGGUUGUGGAGAAACGGGUGGACAUUCUGGUGUGUAAUGCCGGAGUGGGGUUGAUGGGGCCGCUGGAGGCGCAGUCCCUGGACUCGAUGAAGCAGAUCCUAGAGGUCAACCUCUUCGGUACCAUCCAGGCCAUCCAGGCUUUCCUGCCGGGCAUGAAGGCUCAGGGCCGAGGCCGCAUUCUGGUCACCGGGAGCACCGGAGGGCUUCAAGGUCUCCCCUUCAAUGAAGUGUACUGCGCCAGCAAAUUUGCAAUAGAGGGAGCUUGUGAGAGCUUGGCUGUCCUCUUGCAACACUUCAACAUCCACGUGAGCCUCAUCGAGUGCGGUCCGGUCAACACCGACUUCCUCGUAAACCUGCAGAGGGCCGAGCUGGGUGAUUCGUCUCUCCAGCAGGUCGACGGGCUCACCCUCAGCCUCUAUGAGAAAUACCUGCAGCACUGCGGCUCUGUUUUCCAAAACGCAGCUCAGGACACUGAGGACAUUGUGAAGGUGUUUUUGGAGGCGAUCCGGUCAGCCAGCCCGUCUUUCAGAUACUUCACCGGGGGAGGGGUGCCACCUCUCAUCAAACUGAAGGUCACAGAUCCAGAUGGCUCGCGGUACAUCAGUGCUUUGAGCAAAAUCAUGUUCUCAGCUGAGGAACAAUAAUU